AUCAACAAGUUCACACCCAAAAAUAAUCAUAUUGAUUCUGGCUUAUUCAUGAUACAUUCGAUGAAAGAAAAUGUCGAUAAUAAUAAUGAUGAUGAUGAUGUUGAUGAUCAACGUUCAUCACAAAGCGUCAUGAUUAUUGGCAACCGUCGUCAUAGUCAUAGUCGUAGCCAUUCACAUUCAAGACCAUCAUCUUUAAUGUUUCAAAAUUAUCAUCCAUUAAUUAUAAUGAAUGAUAAUAAUAGACAAUCAAUAAAUCCUGGAAGACGAAGAUUUACAAAUGUACUUGAAACACAAUUAGAUCAAGAUACGGAAAAUGAUUUUGAUUAUAAUGGCCAUAAUGUUGAAAAUUAUGAUCAUCACCAUCAACAUGAUGAACAACAACAACAAUAUUAUGCUGAAAGUGGUUCAGAAUGUCCACCAAUCACCGAACAUCCUGUUGUUGUUGAUCAACAAAUGAUGUUGAUGUAUCCAUCUGUUGAUGAUUAUCAUGCUGAAUAUCUUAUGCAACAAGAAGUCGGUAUUUAUGGUUGGCGUAAAAAAAUUCUAUACAUUUUAUUAGUCAUCAAUAUUGUUAUGGUUGGCAUUAAUUUUGCAUUAGCUUUUUGGAUCGUUUCCGUUCUUGGAUUCUCUACGAAUGGUAUUGGUCCAGUUGAUUUUGGAUCACUCGAUAAUAAUCAACCGGAUAAUGAUCAAAUAAUUCGAAUACAUGGUUCAGCUGUAUUUGAAAAAUUAUUAUUUGCUCGUCACUUAAAAUCAUGGCCAAAUGAUGAAUUUCGAAUGACAACCAAGAAUGGUGAUAUAAUAUUUCGAUCAUUAUCGAAUGAUUCAUCACAAAUCAAUGGAACUCGAUUGAUUAUUUCGAAUGAUAAAAUCCAAUUGUUUACUAAUCAUUUUGAGGUUUAUGAUCGAAAAAAUUCACUAAUGUUUGCAUUGGAUUCAUCAUCGGAUGAAUCAUCGAAUCUAUCGAGACCAUCUAGAUCAUUGAUUAAUAAUCAAUCCGAAACGUCACUACAACAGAUAACUAUUCGAACGAAUGCAAUUAAAUUUUUAAAUGACAUUAAUAAUCUUAAUCUACAGCUAUCAUUACAAACACCAUCAGUGAUCAAUACAAUCAAUGAUGAGCUACGUUUAUAUUCACCACAAAGUCGUUUAUUAUUACGUGGACCAAAAUCCAUACAUUUAGAAUCAAAAUUGGGUGAUAUUUCUCUGGUCACCUAUGAUAAUUUACAAUUACAAUCAAAUGUUGGUCGAAUUACAUUGGAUAGUCGUGCCAUUUAUUUGCGAAAAUUAUGGACCACAUCACCAACAACAUUGGAUGAUAAUAAAACAUUGAAUACUACCGAAAAUAAUUUGUUCGAUGAAUCAUUAUUAUUUCCGAAACCAAUCGUAUAUCAAGUAUGUGUUUGUUCUAAAUCUGGAAGAUUAUUUCUAACUCAAGCUGAUAAACCAUGUCAAGUAAAAUCAUAUCGUGAUUGUCGAUGAUGAGAAAAAAAAUGAAUUUUAUUUGAAAAAAAUAUUAAUUAAAAAAAAAAUUCAUUAAUAAUCAA